AUGUCCUUUUUCGGAUUCAAUGCAUCAGGACCUCCCUCCUCUGGAGAGAAGGACCAGAAACUGGACACGCUCGAUUUUGAGGAAACCUACGAGGGACUCGGAGAGCAAGAUGAGGACGCUUUCAACGACGAGACGUUUGGAGCCGACGUGAAGGAAAUAGGGUCCAAUUUCGACUUCACAGGCGGUCUCAAGCCUGCCUCGAAACCCCAGACAGUCAAUCCGAACUUGUCCUACGCAAAGGCCGCCCAGGUUGACCAGGUGAUUGCGCCAAUGGCCUCUCUGUGGAAUGACGAAGCCAAAUCUGCUGAGUCUGCAUCUUCGCAGCCAACUUCAGACCAAAAGGUGUUGUCUCUCGAAGAGAUCGAAGCUAAGCUCCGUCAACCCCAACAGCAGGUGCCCCAGAUGCCUCAGAUGAACCCUUACAUGUAUCAGCAGCAACAGCAACUUCUGGUUGCGGCCAUGGCCUCGGGACAGUUUCCUAACCCUGCAGCCGCUGCCCAGGCACUGGCCCAGGGCUAUUUUCCUCCGUUCCAGCCAGGAGUUAUGCCUUUCAUGCCUUUCCAAGUGCAACAGAUGAUGCAGCAGGGGGCUUUGGGUCAAGGACAACAGCCCCAGCAAGUGCAACCACCAGCAUCCGCUCUUCAGGUACCCCAAGUGCCUCAGUCUGCUCCAGUCCAACAACAACAGCAGCAACCGGCACUGCAGACCCCUCAGGCUCCUCAGGCUCCUCCUGGCCAGAAUGCUGCUCCACCUCCUCAGCCUGUCCAGCCUGUUCCACAGUCCGCCGAGCAGAAGGCACCAUCUUCGACCUCUGCGGCUUCCUCGGCUCCCGCACCAGCUGCUCAGUCUCAACAGUUUGUUUCGAGCGAUGCUACGGGAAACUUCCCUCUCCUGGGCUCUGAUGAAAAACCGCGGAAGCAAAGACCUCAGAGACAGAAUCUGGAGAAUUUGUCGCACGAAGAGAAAGAGAAACUUUGGAGAAGACAGAACAAGGUGUCUGCAAUUAUCAGAUGUUCUGGAUUUAUGAACCCAAGAGAUAAGGACUUUGUGACCAGAGUGCAGCUUUCUCAGAUUGUCACCGACGAUCCAUACAAUGAAGACUUCUAUUGCCAAGUCUACCGAGUGCUGAACUCCUCUGUCGGCGAAGACGAUAUGAGCUCCAUUGCACAGAAAUACUUAGAUCAGUCCGGACACAGAUUGGGAGGCAGGGAGAAGAGAGCCGAUGUGGCCCUACAGAGAAUGCAACAGCAAGUCUCCAAGGCUGUCACUGUUGCUAAGGAGCGCGGAGAAAGAACCGGAGUGCUUGCCAAGGAAGGUGCUUUGGGUAAAGUGUCUGUUGGUUCCGGGAAACAGCCAAGAAAGCAGCUGGUGAUCAAUACCACGGGCAAUUCCGACGAGGUUGUUGUUCCGCGGGAGAACGUAUACUCGAAGUCUUCAAGAGCUUUCCAGCUGUCUGUUAUUGAAGAUAUUUACUCCCAGGUUCUGAAACUCGAGUCUCUGGAGCGUGAAAACCAAGAGCGGGACUCCAAGGACCUUUGGAAUGCUCUUCGUCUCAAUGACAAGAUUGAGACUUCCAAUACCGUCGUGUCUCCUUUCAUUACUGUGCUGUCCAUUGACAAGGCAAUGAAAGUGUUCAACAGACUAUUCCAUUUCCUCAAUGCGGAGCAAAAAGUUCAGCUGAUGGAGGCGAUUUUCGCCAAUCUGCACAACAUCGACGUGGUCAUGAAGGGCUCGUACGCCAACUACGUGAACGAAAACUACGAGAUUCCAAAAACAGAGAAGAGCAAAAUUGAGCUAUUCCAGAUGACCGUCAUGAAGACGCUAGUGUUAUUUGUUAGCGAAUCGGACUUUCAGCAGGUUCUACGGUUUGUGGCUUUAAUCGUGGAGGGGGGAAACAACAAUGUUCUAUUUUUGUCUACCACGAAGAUCGGGCUCUCGCUGAUCACCAUACUUGUGUCGAGACUGGAGCUGAUCAAGCAGGAGUUUUCUGCAGGACUCAGUCCGCAAGACCUUGCACAAUGGCAAACCGUCUACGACCACCUAUUCCAAGCACUGGAAGGCAGACUGGCUACUAUCUUCCCACCGUACCUUUCGAACGAUGACGCGCGCAAGGUGCGCAAUUCCGAGUCGAAGAGCGACGAUUCUUACAUCUGGCAGUUUUUGGCCUCGCUUUCACUUGCAGGUCUACUGAGUCAUCAAAGAAUAAUUGUCGACGAAAUCAGGAACGAGAUCUUUGGCAGCAUGGGUGUGAGCAAGUCUCUUAAAGAGUCUGGCGAUUUGCAGGGCGCUGAGAAACAUCUCUCUAAUCUCAAUCUGUUCCUCAAUGUGAUGGGACUGAAAGCUUCGGAUUCAGAUAUCACUGAACUAUAA